CGAUGGAAGACGCCCUUCGAUACCCAGACUUGGACGGUGACCAAUGGCUUGUGGAAGGAUAUGGCAAGUCUCCUGUGAAAAACGCGCUGCUGCUGUCGCCGAUAAAGGACGCGUCGCCUGUGAAGACUGUGUCACAGAGUCUCUACGAUCUGUAUGCGAGCUAUGGACUUGAUGGUGAGGUGCUUAGUGGAGGAGGAGAAAGCCCUGUGCUAAGGUCGUCUGCUCGGUCUCUGUCUCCUGUGAAGAAUACUGUGUCGAGUCCCUUGUCGUUGACUGGAUCUCAGCUGGAGAGCGACGCUGCAAUGUCUCCGCUUACACCGCUCAGCUCGCCGUCACCGUCGCCGUCGACGAAAAGGAAGAGAGACGACGAUGAGGAAGAGUCGCCGUGCCGGAAGAAACCACGAAAGGGGUGGUGGACGGAGAGGGUGUUUAAUGGGGAGAAGGUCGAGGUGGAUAGGGAGCGGUUCCCGUUGCUGUAUCGUCGGUUCCCGGUGAGCAACUAUGGCGGGAUGGCGGGAGCAACGUCGAACGCACCAAGGGAGGGCUGGGGCGACUUGUACACGCCGCGGUGGGUCAAAGGAAGGGGAGCUGAGAAGAUGGGGUUGUGCGGCAUCUGUGUCGAACCACGGAAACGGGGCGGAGAGGAGCGGGCAGUGUGGCUUGGCAUGAAGUUCAGUGCGUACAAGUGAGUGCAUCCCGGCACUUUGUAAAUCCGCGCUGACAAUUGGCUGCAGCUACCAUAUGCAAUACAGACACGGCAUCAGCGCAAACACCACAAGACCUUUCAGUCCUCCGCUGGCCUUCCGCGAUGUAACCAGGGCAAAUGCGGGCAAAGGCGAAAAAGGGAUUAUUACGGUGGGCAUGUGCCAUCACUGCAGAAAGUGGGUACCAGUCGAAGGAGUCAAGGACGUUCAAGUCAAGGUUCCAGAGCUGGUUUGGUGGAAGCAUGCUGCGGCGUGCCACGGUGCGAGUACGAUUGAGGGCGAGGACGGCGUCUUUGAGGAAGACGAGGUGUGGAACGGUGUAGUAGCGUCAUGUGAUCAAUAAUGUGCGGAUGCUUCCGAUGCGGG